CACAGUUCUUCUUAACACUUUUCUAACACUUUUCAAAAUAUAACCACAAAGAUUCUUCUACUAAUAUCUUCAUACACUUUCAAUUGAAAUAAUGGCCAGAUUGUUAAGAUUUAUUCUCUCUUGCUCUAUUUUACUUACAAUCUUGUUUUUGCAAGCAAUGGCAGAGAAAUCCAAUAUUUCUCGGCCAUAUCCAAGAAAGCUUAGAACUGCAAAUCCACCAUUUUCGAAAGGUAGAAUUGCAGAGUUAUUAAUAGAAGGAGAAAAUGAAAUUGGCGAAGGACCAUAUAUCAGUGCUGAAGGUCCGGAGAGUAAUAAUAAUAUUGUGAAAAUGGAGCAUCAUCAUUCUGCUGAUAAGUCUGUUGCUGGAGGAGGGGUUAUUAUUGGUGGACUUGUUACUGCUAUUUUUGCUGCUGUUUAUUGCUAUAUUAGAGUCACUAGAAAGAAAGAAAAUGUGUAAAUAGGAGUAUAGUUUUAGGAUUAGGAAAGUUUGGGUGUUAAAAAUAGGAAAAUUAGAACUUCUUUCGUCCUAUUUCAUGUGAAGGUAUUACUGCUUGGGGAGUCGGAUAGUUUCUUCAUUGAAUAUAAUUUUCUUUAACUUUUUAAAAAAUAUUUUAAAUUAUUAUUUAUAUUGACCUGUAGUAGUCUCAUCUAGUUUUCAAAUAUGCAAAUUUAUUUUAAAAAAUAUGUAUUCGAA